AUCUGUUUCGGGCUUUCUCUUACUACCACCUGUUCAAGAUAUUAUUUCUCUCUCUAAAACUGUUUCUCUCUCUAAAACCCUUUACAACGCAAUCUUCAUUUCUUUUUCCAAUCCGUUUUAUGAACUGCGUGAUUUCUCGAUAACGAUAACGAUUCUUUGCAUUUGAUUCCGAUUUCGCGACGAGAGCUAGGGUUUCGGAUUUUCGUUAUUUUCUUCGGAUUUUAAUCGGAUAAUUUUCUUGACAUGGCGAAUCGUAGAGGAAAAGAUUUGAUUCAUAGAGACUGCAUAGAUCCUGCUGAAUCGGAUGUUGAUUUCGACGAUUCUUCGUCUGUGGAAUCAGGUGAUGGAAUCGUUGGAAACAGUUCUUCGCCGGUAGAUGACGGCGGUUCGAGGAGUGACGUUGGACUUACGGAGCGGUUGACGGAUAUUAUUGUUGAAGAAGGCGACGGCGAUCUGUUGAUUCAGCAAACUAAUUGUGAGGACCGGUUGCUGGAGUGGCUGCAAGCUCUUGAUUUGCAAGUUAUGGGAGCGUGUCGAGCUGACGAGCGGUUGAAGCCUUUGUUGAAGAUGAAUGCUGUCUCUGGAGUUUCUGAAGAUCCGUUGUUGGCUCAGUUGAUUCAGCAUUUUGAGCCAUCGGAGGUUGGUAUGCUGGCUAGAUGCUUUUGCUUGCCUCUUGUUUCCAUCCGUGUUGGGAAGAUCAACAAGGAAGGAAGUCGCUUAUGUCCUACUGCUAAUAGGGGUAACUUGACACUUGUUCUACUUCCAAGCUCUGAUCUUCGUCUCUCAUUCAUUGGGGAUGAUGGUAAAACAGAGAGAUUAUUCACUCUUUCUAGCACAUCCCAAUGCUCUGCUGUUGUUGUUGAGGGAAUCCUAACUGACAGCUCUGGCCGAUCCUUCCAUGUUACUACUCCUGAUGAUAGAUCUUUUUUCUUCUGGUGCUCUGAAAAGUCAAAACUGCUAGGAGUUGAAUUACUUGCAAAGAUGAAGGAUUUACUCAAGAGGAAACCAUCAAUUGCUGAAUUGAGUGGUAUUAGCAAGUCACGGCUUGAUUGUUUUGCUACUCAGCUUCGUGCUUUUCUUGUGGGGUCAACAGCUGGAGGUAGUCAUGAUGGUUCAGCUUGUGCUUCAAUGUCUGCCAAUUCCACAACAUACUGUGAUGUUGCAUUUGAAAAUUCACCCUCUUCAUCAAAAUUUCCUCGAUCUCGACAUAUUGUACAGACAACAAAGGGAGAUUCAGUGCUUUACCAGAGUAUUCUUAGUCCAAGGUCAAGUUCAUUUAAAGAGGUUCCCCCAAGAAAUUUGUCUUCCCAUAGGAUUGCUGCUAGGGAGAAGAUUAAGCGCCGCGGUGAAAACCAGCAGCUGUCCGUUGACAACUUGGAUUUAUCAUCCACUUCUGAUCACGACAAAGCUUCGGAAGUAACUAAAACUCAUGCAUUCUCUCCAAAUUUUAUGGGAUCAGCAGGAAUGUUUAGUGUUCCAUCAAGCCUUGGAGCGGCUGGGAAGGUCCCACCUCUGGUGUCCCCUCUUUUUUCUCCCUACUAUUGUUGGUGUCCACCUGGGAUUUCUUCUACCUUUCCAUCAAAUGCAGCACUUCCACAAUCUCCCAUGUCAUUUGCUGGAUCACAGCCACUUGCCUCUGGGACCUCUCUACUACCCAACACCUUCACAGCUAGCCUGUUUCAACCAAUACAGCCUCUCAAUCUUGGUACUUCAAUGGACUUUCCUCCAUUUUUUCCUGAACCACUAGUUAGAAUGUCUUUACCAUCUUCUCAACAGAUUCCCAUUUUCACACCACUAAUGUGUGAUCCAAUUGUUCACGUCCCAGUAAUUGAUAUCUGUUCUUCGGGGCAGGGCUAUCUUGUGAGUGCUGGUCCUGCAAUGUCAACUAGUAUUCCACCAAUGCAUCCAAAUCUUGUGAACCCACUAAUCUCUGAGUCUGAUGCUGUGGUGAAAGGUGCAAGAGAGACUCUAAGAUUGCUGAUUAGUGGUUCAAGCCAGGGGAACCAGCAACAGGUUAUGAUGAACCCUUUACCAGUAAUUUUGACCAAUCUGGAUGAAAAACAAAACAAUGUACUUGUUGCUGGCAGCCGCGGGCUUUACCCAGGAACAAGAGAUAUAAAUGUUAUUGCAAACAGCAUUGCUGCUAUGGGAUUAGUGUCGUUAUCUGGGGUAUCCUCCAAUGGAGACAAUGAAGGUGAUUCAGAGGUAUGUGGCAACUUUGGGAUUUUGGAAGCAAUGAAGAAAUCAAAUGAUGCAGGUGGUGCCUUUUCGGAUGAUGGCGGACCACCCUCUUUGGAUUCCAAGUAGUUACUGUUCGGAAUUUUAUUUUGUUUUUACAUUUGUUGAUCCCUCCCUUGUCCAGAAAAUGUAGAUAUGUGCCGUAGCCCUAUUGAAUGGAGUUAGUGCAAGUUCAAUGUUUCUUGAGCCGCUAUUGAUCUUAAAUUGGUUAGAGUCUUCAAUAGAUUAGAGAAGUCUGUAUUGACCCACGGUAGUAAUGUCAAAUAGAGGCUCACUUUAAAAAACACUGUAAUUGCAAAAAGUAGUUUCUUUAAUCACCUAAUGAAAUAAAGUAGUGCAAAUAUCAUAAUUUUAA